UUCAAAAAAAGUUUUCACAACAAAACCCCGAGAGCGGGAAAUGCGCAGAAAUUUUUGUUUGCAAAUCCAAAUUCAAAUCUAGUUGGAUUUGUUAAAAUUUUGGGAAUUUAAAUAAAUUUAGCAAAAAUGCCUCCAAAACGUAAAAGAAAAGCUACUACAUCAAAUACCAAGGCUGCAAAAAAAGCCAAAGUAUCUGAUCAGCCUGAGGCAGCAUCAUCAUCAAAAUCUGCAACAGUUCUCGACGGUUCAACUGGUUCUGGACCAGUUCUCUAUGUCGAGCAUUGUCGCAGCUGAAGCGUAUUUAAGCGGCGUGCUGUUGAUUUGCACAGUCAAAUCAUUGAGCAUCUGCCGAAUAUCCAACUUGUCCUGAAUCCCCAAGGUCCUCCCCGUCGUGGUUCCUUUGAAUUGUCCUUUGCCAAAACUCCAACUGAUGAUGUCGAUGUCAGGAAACUUUUAUGGACUGGUCUUAAAAAAGGUCCACCACGACGAGAGAAAUUCCCAGCUGCUGAUAUUAUUAUUGAUGCUAUUAAAAAGGAACUGCUUGUAGAUUAAGAUUUUGUAUUUUUUUGUUUUUGUAAAUCCUCUGCAGCUUUUGUAUGAAUUGUGGAACGUAUGACCAGCAUUGGUUAAAGCCAUUCUUGGAAGCCAAUGUUGUGAAUUUUAUUUUUCCCUUUUCAUCUGAAGCCGAAGGAGGAUCUUUAUCACUUUGUUUAUUUGUCUAUUAAUAUAUCCUCAUUGGAACACCAA